GUUUAAAGAGAAAGAUGUUGCUAGAUAAGAUGAGCUAUUCAUACUUCACUGUGUUUACCAUAUGCAUGAUGUUACCAAAUCAUUACUUAGAAUUAAAGCCAAGCUGGCAUUUGACAUUAACUCAUCACUUGUCAGAGAGCAUGGGAGCAAUUAUAUUUCUCCUGAUUCUGGAGCUUCUCAAGGACUAUGGUCAUGGAGCGCCACAGGAAGAUAUCGACGAGUGUAGUAACAACUCACUCAUCUGUGGGGACAAUUCAGAUUGUUUCAAAACUGAGGGUAGCUACUUCUGUUUGUGUCAUCCUGGGUUUGAUGACUUUACUGGUGCUGCGCGACAAUGCUUGGACAUAGAGGAGUGUGUUACGUUCCCAAAUAUUUGUGGGAAAUGGGGAACCUGUCUUAAUCAGGUGGGUAGCUACCUGUGCACGUGUCCCAAUGGAUUUAGGAACUCUGGCGACAGACAAACUCCGUGUGUAGACAUUGAAGAGUGCAAUAGAGACGGAGUAUGUGGAAAUGGGGGAAUCUGCCAAAACCUGAUUGGCAGUUACUGGUGCCAGUGUCCUGCUGGAUUUACUAACUUUGGUAAAAACCAAACUAAGUGUGUAGAGCUUAUUUGUGACCAGUAUGAAACACAGGCUGGACAGACUCUACCAGGCUUUGAUCGUUUCUUUUCUCUGUUGAGAAACAACUGUUUGGUGUUGAGCAACUCUACGUUUUCUGGACCUACAAGAUCGCUGCCAUCUGGAGAUAUGCUUUUGACAUUACUGGUUAAUACCACUGAUGUUGUUCAACUGGGCCUCCAGUCCAAUGGUCACCAUAGUAGCAGUGAAGUGACUAAGUUACUGAAAACGAUUGAAAUCUCUAUCAGACUGAUCGCUCCACUGCUGACAGAGAACGUGACCAGGAUAGAGACCAACCACACAGAGGUUGAGAUUAUGGUGAGGAGAGACAAGACUCCACCUGAAGGACCAGUCAGCCUGACCAAUGAGAACACUCAACUUGACACCACCUGGGAGACGGUGGUUGGAGAUGACCAGAAUUACCCAGGGUAUGCAUUUGUCAUUCUGCUCAGCCAUAAGAAUCUGGAUAGUCUGAAGGACAGUACUUCUCAUCAGAGCCAGCAGCUCAUGUCCAGUGCUGUGACAGUUUCCGUUAGCAACUCCAAUACAACAAACCUGCACCAACAGGUUAAUCUCACCUUCCAUCACCUGCAGUCCAGUGACGUUGACCCCACCUGUGUUUAUUGGUCGGAUGAGAAUGGACCGGGGGUGUGGUCUGGGAGGGGUUGCACCUUAGUGAUGUCAAACUCCAACCAGACUGUGUGCUCCUGCAACCAUCUCAGCACAUUCGCUGUGCUGAAGGAAUUGCAACAGGUAAAGGGAAGCGGGCAGCUGUCGUUGGUGAUGUGGGUGGGUGUUUUCGUGGCACUGACCUGUGUGUUCCUGUCCCUGAUCACCACCCUGUGGUGUCGCUUUGUCAGCCGCAAACGCCGUGGAGGACACCGGCUGCAACAUGAUGUACAACUCCAUAGAAAAUAAGAGAUGGAUUUGAACUAUUUGUGUUCUAAGAAAAGCUUUACUUGGAAUUAAUUUGUAACAUUGUCUCUUGGCUUGCAAGGACAUCCAAAUGCCAGCAUUUUUUUAAAAAGUAGAAUGAAAAUGUAUCAAACAAACAAAAAUAUAAGAACACAACUUUAUGUUAAUAGAUAUACAAUAUCUCAUGUGUAGAACUCUUAUCAGUUCUGGAGUGUAACAGAUGAGCUCUCAUCUCUAUGGCAACAUACAUAAGUCAUAUCAGUCUCAUAAACAUGGUUUGUAAUUUGUAGAGAUGAGAAUACAAUGCUGCAUUUGUCCAGUAUUAUGCCACUUGGUUGUUGUUGUAACUGAGUUAUUUUAAGUGAAAGUAAUAUUUUUCCUGUUAAUCGACCUACCCUUUGAGCUAACCUAAAUCUAGAUAAUGUAGCCUUUCAAUGUAUUAGGAUGCUUCGACUGUGGAAGGAGAUUUCUUCAGGAAAAUUAUUGAUUUCAUGGAUAAAUAGUCCCACCACCACUUCAAGAAAACCCCCAGAAACCCUCUUCAUUUGUGUAAUCACAAAGACACACUAAAUGUUAAGCAUUGAAACCCCUUUCCCGUCAAUGCUGAUAGAGCAAGUGAGAAUGUGAAAGUUAAGGGAAAUGCUGCUGCAGUAACUUGUCAAAUUUGCAUAAAGGUCAGACAUCUUCAAACGAAAUCAAGAGCAAGACAUUUUGUAAAGAAAAAGAUAAGUAGCCUUGCUUCAGAGUGAAAUAUGGAUUCUAAGUCUGCUUUUGGUAAGGCAGCUGGUUUAUGUGGCCCUGUUGAUAAGAGUCUAUACUGUGCAUGUUGGUGUUUUAGAUCAAUGUGUCUUAUGUCUGAUCUUGGAGAUAGACCCUCUACACUAGAGUCUAAUUCAGGGAUGGAACUCCUGGACGUGGUCUACGCAAAACUAGACAAAUUAACCUGAUGUGAAUUGCGAUGCAAAUGGUCUUCUCAUGCCACACAGUCAGUUCCUCUUUGUUUUCUACUUAAAAUAAUACUCUGUUGCUAGUUCUGGGGAAAUAUUUUACAUCCCUGCGCUAACCACAUGCGUGAGGUCUCCAAAUGAUUCUUUAGAACUAAAACCAAGCUGACAUGUACCAUUAACUCACCAGUUGUCAGACAUCAUGGGAGCCAUUCUAUUUCUACUGAUUGUGGGUCGGUCAAUUUUCUACUUUUUAUUUGACCAACACAUCAUCAUUGAAAUGUCCUUGUUUUUGAAAGAAAAGCACAUUUUUCAGCCAUUAAAAUAACAUCAAAUUGAUCAGUAA